AUUUACCUCAAAAUGGCUAGCUUAGAACAUUCAGCGGACUUCGAUCUAUUUGCUUCUUUUUCAGAAUCCUUACUCAAGAAAGACCUCAGUACUGACACAGAGUUUCUAGCUUCUCUAUUGACUUGGAACAAUGGACAUCUGUCCACAAUGCUCUAUCAAGUUGUCAAGAAUAUUGAUCUGGAGGAGAUUAUGAAAUCAGAAGGGAGCUCUUCCCAGAGAAAUGGGCAACAUCAGGUGAACACACAAGAGAAGUCAAACUCUGGGCAUAUUAGUACCAGAAAUACAGAUAAAGCCUCCAUGGAUUCGCAAAGUUCCGCGAAUCUUGACGAGGAAGAAAGUAAAAAUGGUGUGCUACCUACAACAAAGAAAACUUUGGUGGGAACUUCAAACAGUAUCUCUGAUAUUAGUAAAAAAUCCAAAAGUAAGGAGAAUAAGCCCAGAAAGCGUAACAGGAGACAGAGAAUGGAUGUCGUUUUUAAGACUGUACUUAGAGCUAUCAGAAGGUACUAUACCAAGAUUUUCAAAACAACUUUUCCACAAACCCGUCGGUUAAGCCAAAGACCCACCAUUUUGACACAGCUGAAUAUCAUGAAAUCAUUUGUAAAAGAAGUCUUUCAGCUCAAGAAAGACAAUAACGAACUAGUGUUCUUUGUGAUGGGUCUUAUCAAUAAUAAGCUCUUUGAUUCAUGCAUCAGAGCAGGAUAUGUCCCACCAAAGCUCGGAAAAGAGGUUACAGAGAUGUUCGAAUGCACCUAUAAUUUCAAAAUGGGUAAAUUUAAAAACGUCUCUUCUUACCCCUCUGUGCAGCAAAUGCUUGCAAAUAUGCUGAAAAGUGGUGUAGAUCAGAUCAUUAGCCAAGAGAAAACAAUGGCUGAAAAUCCUGAUUUAUAUAAAGAAGCUUUUCAGCAAUUUAUCAAUGCUGGCCAAUAAGAAUUCUCCAAGCUUGGAGAAUUCUUAAGUGCUGCUUAAAUAAUU